UCUCCCAUCUUUGUAAACAGUGCGGGCGCAUGCGCAGUGGCGCUGCACUCUAAUGGAGGACAUGUCUGAUCUGCAAUCGUGUUUUUCUGCGCUGUUUCUCUGAGCUGCGCUCUCAACACCCUUCAGCUGAGCCCGAGACACCCCCCCAGUGGCAGAAUGGCUUCGGACUCAGUCUCUCAAAGCUCCCAGAGUCCUGCCACAAGGAUCAUGACCUUUCACCCCACAAAAGAGGAGUUCAAAGACUUCAACAGAUACAUAGCGUAUAUGGAGUCGCAGGGGGCUCACAGAGCCGGCAUGGCUAAGGUGGUGCCACCAAAGGACUGGAAGCCCCGGCGCACGUACGAAGACAUUGAUGAUCUGGUGAUUCCCGCACCGAUUCAACAGGUGGUCACAGGCCAAUCAGGUCUCUUCACGCAGUACAACAUCCAGAAGAAGCCAAUGACUGUCCGCGAGUUCCGCAAAACUGCCAACACAGACAAGUUCUGUAAUCCCAGAUAUGCUGAUUUUGAUGAACUAGAGAGAAAAUUUUGGAAGAAUUUAACAUUCAAUCCACCUCUAUACGGGGCAGAUGUCAGUGGAAGCCUCUAUGAUCCAGAUGUGACGGAGUGGAAUAUUGGUCAUCUGAACACUAUUUUGGACAUGGUGGAGAGAGAGAGUGGAAUCACAAUCAAAGGAGUCAACACUCCGUAUCUUUAUUUCGGGAUGUGGAAGAGCACGUUCGCCUGGCACACAGAGGACAUGGAUCUCUACAGCAUCAACUACCUUCACUUUGGAGAGCCCAAAUCCUGGUACAUCGUGCCUCCAGAACACGGGAAGCGUUUGGAGCGUCUUGCUAAAGGAUUUUUUCCCGGAAGUGCCCAAAGUUGCGAAGCCUUCCUGCGACACAAAAUGACUUUAAUUUCUCCAUCUAUUCUGAGGAAGUAUGGGAUACCCUAUGAGAAGGUCACACAGGAAGCAGGCCAGUUCAUCGUGUCCUUCCCGUAUGGAUAUCACGCUGGGUUUAACCAUGGCUUCAACUGUGCAGAAUCCACCAACUUCGCCACCCAGCGCUGGAUCGAUUACGGAAAGCUGGCGACAUUAUGCUCUUGCCGGAAGGACAUGGUGAAGAUAUCCAUGGACGUGUUUGUUCGCAAGUUCCAGCCAGAACGCUAUAAACUUUGGAAAGCAGGAAAGGACAGUGCGCCCAUCGACCACUCGAAGCCCACGCCAGAGGCAACAGAGUUCCUGACAGAUGGAAAGAUGGAGAAAGAGACCGGAGAGCUCAGCGAUAGCAGCAGAGCAGAAACACAGGAGAAGAGAGGAGAAGCAGAGGCUGGAGAGGAGGACAAGGCUGAAAUGUUGAAAAGGGAAACAGAUGGUGCAAAGAAGAAAGAAGGAGCAGAGGAAGGAGGUCCGGAGGCAGAGAAGAAGAAGCCUGUUAGUGAUGAAGAACCAAGCAGCACCUCAGAGCAGAUCAACAGUAGCACUCCAAAGCAGAAUGUGGGGCAGAAACGGCUCAGACCCAGCACUGACGACAAUCAAGUAAAGGCAGAAAAAGAGGAGGAAGUUGAGAAGAAGAAAGCCAAACUCAGUCAGACUGAGACCGAUGACAAGACUGAACAAUCCAUCUCCGCUGACCCAGGUUAUGCGCAAGCUGAGGAGGCGAUGGAGAAAGACACGCCUCCUCCACAACAGCAAGAGAAUCAAGCCCCUUCCUGCAUGGAGGUGGAGCUCUCACCAUCAGACCCCUCCUCCAGCAGUGACAUCACAAUGCAGCAAAGAGAUGAUGUCACUCCCUCUGAAUCCAAUGACGUCACCUCAUCCUCACAAUCCACAAACAGCAUUGCUGAUGAUGAGGCUCCGAGCAUUGAUGUCACCUCUCAGUCCCAACACGUCACUCAAAGCUGUGAUGUCCAAAACAUGUCUGAUGACAUCACUCCAAACGGUGAUCUCACUGAUGCGCAGCAGAGUGACAUCAUGGCCCAUUCGUGUUCAUUCGACGUCAUGCCUCUCAUAUCUGUAACCAGCAGUAUCUCCUCUCUACACGGCAUUAACUCCGCCCACACCUGUGAUGUCUCUGCUGAACCCAGCGACAGCAAUAUAGAUACCAUCAUCCCUAGUCCAAGUGAGCCUGGCAUUAACUCCUCCCUUACCUAUGAUGUCCAACCAGAACCCAACGACAUCGAGGUCAGCCCUAAACACGAACCUGGCAUUAACUCCGCCCACACCUGUGAUGUCACCACAGAACCCAGUGACAUCACCAUCAGCGUUGAAAAUGAACCCAGCAUUAGUUCUGCCCACAGCUGUGAUGUACAACCAGAACCCAGUGACGGCAACAUUAGUGCUGAAAAAGAACCCAGCCAUAAUGCUGCUCACAGCUGUGAUGCCCAACUAGAAUCCACCGACAUCUCCAUCAAAGCUGAAAAUGCACCAAGCAUUAGCUCCGCCCACAGCUGUGAUGUCCAACCAGAACUGAGCAACAACAUCGACCCUAAACACGAACCCAGUGUUAACUCCGCCCACAUCUGUGAUGUCACCACAGAACCCAGCGAUAUGACCAGCUGCCCUGAACCUGAACCUGGCAUUAGCUCCACCUACACCUGUAAAGUCACCACAUAUCCAAGCGGCAUUACUGUCAACCCUGAACACGAACCCAGCAUUAACUCCGCCCAAAUCUGUGAUGUCCAACCAGAACUCAGCAACAUCACAGUCACCCCUGAACACAAACCCAGCACUAACUCCGCCCUCACAUAUGAUGUCAUCACCGAACCCAGUAACAUCACCGUCAGCCCUGAACACAAACCCAGCACUAACUCCGCCCUCACAUAUGAUGUCAUCACUGAACCCAGCAACAUCACCGUCAGCCCUGAACACAAACCCAGCACUAACUCCGCCCUCACAUAUGAUGUCAUCACCGAACCCAGCAACAUCACGGUCAGCCCUGAACACAAACCCAGCACUAACUCCGCCCUCACAUAUGAUGUCAUCACCGAACCCAGUAACAUCACGGUCAGCCCUGAACACAAACCCAGCACCAACUCCGCCCUCACAUAUGAUGUCAUCACUGAACCCAGUAACAUCACGGUCAGCCCUGAACACAAACCCAGCACUAACUCCGCCCUCACAUAUGAUGUCAUCACUGAACCCAGUAACAUCACCGUCAGCCCUGAACACAAACCCAGCACUAACUCCGCCCUCACAUAUGAUGUCAUCACCGAACCCAGCAACAUCACCGUCAGCCCUGAACACAAACCCAGCACUAACUCCGCCCUCACAUAUGAUGUCAUCACCGAACCCAGUAACAUCACCGUCAGCCCUGAACACAAACCCAGCACUAACUCCGCCCUCACAUAUGAUGUCAUCACUGAACCCAGUAACAUCACGGUCAGCCCUGAACACAAACCCAGCACUAACUCCGCCCUCACAUAUGAUGUCCUCGUCAAACCCAGCAGCAGCUCCAUCAACCUUAAGUCUGGCGAGUCACGGUGCAGCUCUGUGUCAGCGGGCGGCAGAAAGGUGUGUCCACCUGCGGUCCAGCACAUCUUCCAGAGAACGCUGAGCCCCGCGGAGGUGCUGCACGUCCACAGCUACGCUAAAGGAGACUACAGCGAUCUCGAGCCGCGCAUUCAGCAUGAGAGAGACCAAGACAGCGACUCUGAUAGCGACUCUCAAGAGGACAGCAAGAAUGAGGAUGAACACCCAGUGGAAGCUCAGCACAGACUUCCCAGACUCCCCAGGCACCAUCCUCUGAUGAAGGACAGCAUCAGUGAUGAAGAGCUGCAGGAUCAGGCUGUGUCAGAGGAGGACGUGCUGGACGGGGAGGCCUGGGCGCGACCUUUGGCCCAGCUGUGGCAGAACAGACCGUAUAAUCCAGAGAGAGAGAGAGAGUACAACAGAGAGAUGGGUCUGCGGCCCCCGUACUGCGCUGUGUGCACGCUCUUCCAGACACAUCAGCAGUCUGAAGGAGGCGAGAGCGAGCCGGCUGUGAUGCUGCCCAGGGGUCAGAUGAGGACCAAGCCUCUGAUUCCAGAGAGAUGUUUCACCACCACCACCGAGGACAGCGCAGACGUCCAGCCGUCCACACCUCACCUGGAGGAGGACGGCACCAGUCUGCUCGUCAGCUGCUCCCUGUGCAGUGUCCGUGUGCACACUAGUUGUUACGGUGUGGUUCCGGCGAGAGUCUCCAAAGACUGGAAAUGUGCCCGCUGUAAAGCCAACGCCCGCACCGAGAGUUGCUGUCUGUGUUCGUUGAGAGGUGGAGCAUUGCACAGAGCCAAUAAUGGCAAAUGGGUUCACGUCCUGUGUGCGGUGGCAGUGCUGGAAGCCCGCUUUGUGAACAUCGCUGAACGAUCGCCCGUGGAUCUCAGCGGCAUUCCCUUACAGAGAUUCAAGCUGAAAUGCUACUACUGCAAACGGCGAAUGAAGAAAACGUUGGGCUGUUGUGUGCAGUGUUCUCACGGUCGGUGUCCCACCUCAUAUCACCCGACCUGCGCACAGGCCGCCGGCGUCCUCAUGCACCCGGACGACUGGCCCUUCGUCGUCUAUGUCACUUGUUGCCGUCACAAAGGGCCGGUGCAAUCAGAGCGUAAUAAAGCAGCCAUGAGAGAGCUCAGCGUGGGUCAGAAGGUCAUCUGCAAGAACAAAAAUGGACGCUACUACCAGUGUGAAGUCAUACAGCUGACAAAAGAGACAUUUUACGAGGUCAACUUUGACGAUGGCUCUUUCAGUGAUAACCUUUUCCCUGAGGACAUUGUGAACCGAGACUGUGCUCAGCUGGGUCCGCCGCCGCAGGGGGAAGUGGUUCAGGUCAGGUGGACAGACGGUCUUGUCUAUGGAGCCAAAUUUGUGGCAUCUCAUGUCAUUCAGAUGUACCAGGUGGAGUUUGAGGACGGAUCGCAGCUGACUGCUAAGAGAGAUGACGUCUACACACUAGACGAGGAGCUGCCCAAGAGAGUCAAAUCUCGUCUGUCGAAGGCAUCGGACAUGCGUUUUGAUGGCAUGUUUGGAGAGAAGAAGGUCCAGGAGAGCAAGAGACAGAGAGUGAUCAACUCCAGGUACAGAGGCGACUACAUCGAACCCGUCAUCUACCGAGCCAUCAUGGAGUAGCCCUCGAUGACCCAGCCUUCACCCCAAACCACCAGCACUCAUCCAGCGUCUCCAGCACACCCUGCCAAUGUCAGUAGUGUUCAGUUCACAGGGGUCGGACACCUGGAUGGGUUUGAUCGCUCCUCAGUCAACCAUCUAUUCUGAUAUAUGGGUCUGGAGUCGAGGCAGGGUGUUUCACAGUGUCUUUAUCAGAGAAUGCAGCUUUGUCAUUGGAUGUGACACCCUUUUAACCUCAGCGCUGUGAAACUGUGCCACAAACACUCUAGAAACACAUCAGCAUGAACAGCAGGUUCAUGGAGUCCCUCUAAAUAACAUUCAUUUGAUACUGAAUAUUUGUAAUCUCCAUUUCAUCAAAUAUCUACUUUUAUCAAAUUGCAUUAAUUUAUUUGACUUUAACUGAGGGUGCUGUUUCUACCCAUAUUUUACAGAACGGAGCUGGCAUUCCCAUUUUAUGGAUGCAGAUCUCCUUUUUUUUUUUAGAUCUAGCUGUCGUAAAUUGCGCGGGCGAGAUCCUGUUUAUUGUACAUUAUCUGGAACAUAAUGAAUUCAGCGUGUCUUUGAGUUGUUUUUUACAAGCCUAUUUAUUACUGGUGCUUCACAAAAGUCAAUUUUGCAAUACGAGCUCCAGUGCUGUCGAAGUUUGACACGGAUAGGUGUGUUCUGUUUUUGGAAAGAGGAUUGCGUAGAUACUGAAAUGCCAAGGAUUCACUUUCACAGCGGUUCGAGCCCUGCCUUGCUCUCUGGUUCAAUACACUUUCAUUCAGACGUUUCUAUUAAUGUAGCUUCUUACUGCUGUCCACAUUUUAUCAGAAGCCCCACAGAUUUAAUAAGCUAUUUUUGCACUUCUCAGCUGUACUUUUAUGAACUGUCAUCUUUGUCCUUGCAGUAGCCAAGCUCUAGAGACCCAAAUGCACUCAUGAAAGCUGAGGAGGAUGUUGUUCGGACUGUCUAGGCGACAGGAUUUACAGAAAUUAAGGUUGAUGCAGUCCUUCAGUUCGAAAGAUAGAUAGGGUUAAUCUUCACUAUAAAAAACAAAAAAAAAAAAAGAUAAAAGAUUUUUUUCUAUCAAGAAGCUUAUUUUAUUGCUUUGUUUUAUAAUACAUGUUUAAUGUUCAUAUACUGUGAGAUAGAGUUGUAUGUAGUUAAUUUAAGAAAUCUUGAGCUUUCGGCACGUUUCUUCUGCCUCUCGUGUUGCUUUCAAACAUGAGCCUCGUUCUCACUGCACUUCUGAAUGCAGAGGCUCUAGGACUUCCAUACAUGUAUUUUGUAAAAGUCAUUCAUGUGCAUCAGUAAAAGAUGUGAGCUGACAUGUUUCUUAUACUGUCUUUUUUUUCAUGCAUAUUCACCAUGUACUGCAUUAAACAACAAGUAACUAG